CCUGCCAUUUCUGUCGUAAAAUGUUUUACUUCUUCUGUAGUUAAAUACGUCUACUUGCCCUCACUGCAAACAUCAGACAUGGCUUCCUCGUUGAUCUGCGGGGAAACACAGAGCAGAGUGAGUUCGGUUUUGAACAGAGACGUUAAGCAGUUCGGGAAGAAAUACAUGUUCGAUAAUAACGAGGAAACAUGUUGGAAUUCUGAUCAGGGGGACACCCAGUGGGUUGCCUUAGAAUUUCCACAGCCGGUCCAGGUGUCCGAACUGAGGUUGCAGUUUCAAGGGGGCUUUUCCGGAAAAACAUGUAGAAUGGAAGGAUCACCGAAAGAUGGAAGCUUUUCAAAAAUCGGUGAUUUUUAUCCAGAAGACGACAAUUCAGCACAGAGCUUUCCCAUUCGUGAGGCCCCUGUGGUGCACAAGCUAAAAAUAGUGUUUGAGAACAGUGCCGACUUUUUUGGGAGAAUUAUUGUUUAUUCCUUAGAUGUCCUCGGGGAGAAAGCUUCGUGACGUUCUUGGAUGAGAGAGGAGACAGAACCAGAGGACCAUGUAGGGUGGGAGGUGAUGCAGAGGAACAGGGGUUUAUGGUGGCACUACCCAUAAACUGAGACACAGGAGAGGAAUGUGGAACCAACAUGACCUGGUUAAGAUCGUUACUUUUUUCAUUUCUUAAACAAGAGGACUUCUGCACAGACUCAAUGUCAGGAUUUUUUAUUGGUGUUGAGUGUAAAUACAUUUUUGAAUUUGGAAAGAUUAUGAAGCAGAGAUUGUGCCUUGCAAAUGGCAUGCCUUCCCAGACAAAUAUAAAAAUGCAUGGUUUGGUUUUCAAGCUUGAUUACUAUUCAUUUGUGCUUUUGUUUACAAAAUAAACUUGAACUUGAAUUAACAAAUGUUUGGCCCUCAGACCAGUCAAAUGCUGUAUAAUGAAUUGAGUGGGACACAAAAA